AUGCAGAAGAAAUGGUCAAGGAUAUAUUGCGUCUUCCUUCGCUUACCACAUUCGCCACCACUGAAUCCAAUAUUUCAUUGUUCGUUGGCAGAUUCUAGAAGUAUUUCAAGUACUGAUGUAAGAGUCUCAUCAUUAGAACAAACGAUCUCAAUGACUGCUGGAUACAGAGCAUUCUUAGAUGUCAUUGAAUCACCUGAUGGACUCAAUAUUGGGGCUACUUACAGUGAUACUCAUACUUGUGGAGCUGCUGUUUCGGGUGGAAGCUCUAGUACAUUUGUUACUACUAAAUUAGCUGGUGAAAGGUUUUACUGUCAAUAUGGUACGACUGUUGUUAGUACACUUCCAAAUGGACAACUUACUAUUGAAUCCGCUGAAGUUAUUGUUUCUACUAAUGCUGAAGGAAGUCUUUAUAAUUCUGCAUCAUAUCAUUAUGUACUGGUCCAAGUGUAUGCAGAACAACUGUUGUUACUAGUGACACUGUUGGUAUCCCACGUACUGAAACUGCAGCUAUUAUUAUUUCAAGUUCUGAAGGUUCUUUACUUACUGUCACUUCCUUCAUUGGAGGAAGUGAAGGUGCUGGAUAAGCUCCUACUGGAACUGCUGAAGUUGCUGCCGGAUCAGAAACUGGAGCCGCUCCAACUGCUCCAAUUACCAGUCAUUACUAGAAUCAUAACUUCACAAGCUGGUUCUACUAAUUCAUCCACUCCAACUGUACCUCCAGCUUAUGAAAAUUCAUCUUCGACUAAACUGGUUAACAACUACAUGUUAAUGAUAUCCGUCAUAACCGUUUUUAUGACUUUUAUUUUCAUAUGA